CCGCCCCGAGGCCGCGCUGCGGGCAGCCCCGCCCGGUGGGCCCCGUCCCGGCUGGGGCCGCGCAGGUUACUCUGCUUGCAGCGCUUCCGGCCGAAUCCUGCGAACUGACGCCUGCAGGCACUGAACACCAAGAGAGAAGGAACCCGGACUGCUGAAAGCAUUAUGCUGCUUGAAGUAUUCCUGGUUCUGGGAACAGUCAUCAUCUACUUCUUACUUUCCAAGAAGAAAGAAGAAAUAUUGCCCUUCAAAGAGGGAUGGUGGGGCAAGGGACAAAAGCCUGACACUGAAGAAGAUACAACUGUUCGGCCAUUUAAGGUGGAAACUACAGAAGAGGAGCUGAGUGACUUAUUUAGGAGACUUGACCAGGCUCGAUUCAUUGAGCCACUGGAGAACAGUUGCUUCCACUAUGGAACUAACUCGGUGUAUCUCAGGAAGGUUGUCUCUUACUGGAAAAACCAAUUCAAUUGGAAAAAACAAAUUGAAGUCCUCAACAAGUACCCACAAUUCAAAACUAAGAUUCAAGGCAUUGACAUCCAUUUUGUACAUGUAAAGCCUCCUCGUUUGCCUGAAGGCCGCUCUGCAAAGCCAUUAUUAAUGGUUCAUGGUUGGCCUGGCUCAUUUUACGAGUUUUACAAAAUUAUCCCUCUUCUGACGGAUCCUGCAAGCCAUGGCCUCAGUGAUGAACAUGUUUUUGAAGUCAUUUGCCCAUCUAUCCCUGGUUAUGGUUUCUCCGAAGCACCCCACAAAAAAGACUUUAAUUCUGUAAGUGCUGCUUCUAUUUUUUAUGAAUUGAUGCUCCGACUGGGAUUCAAUGAGUUCUACACACAAGGUGGUGAUUGGGGCUGGCUCAUCUGCACCAAUCUGGCCCAGAUAGCUCCUAACCAUGUGAGAGGUCUCCAUUUAAAUCUCGCCUCUGUUACAAACAUGGGAUUCACUCACCUGUUCUCCAUUCUGUUGGGCCGUUAUCUGCCAGGGCUCUUUGGUUUCCAGGAUGAAGAUGUUCGGCGGAUGUUUCCCUUCCUGAAAAAAGGGCUCUACAGGAUCUUGUUGGAGUCUGGCUAUGCUCACAUACAGGCUACAAAGCCUGAUACUGUUGGCUGUGGUUUGAAUGACUCCCCUGUAGGACUGGCCGCAUACAUCUUGGAGAAGUUUUCUACAUGGACUGAUGUGGAAUUCCAGAAUUUAGAGGACGGAGGACUAGAGAGGAAGUUUAACCUGGAUGAUCUGCUUACCAAUAUCAUGAUCUACUGGGUGUCAGGCUGUAUAAUCUCCUCAAUGCGUUUCUACAAAGAAAACUUGCAAAAGGGGAUAGGCACACAGAAACAUGAAAGGCUCACAGUACAAGUACCUACUGGCAUUGCCUCCUUCCCCAAUGAAGUCAUGCACACACCCCAGGCUUGGGCCCAGAAGAAAUACACCAAAAUAGUCUCCUUCCAUUUCAUGCCUCGAGGUGGCCACUUUGCAGCGUUGGAGGAACCUGAACUUCUUGCUGAAGAUAUUCUGCAGUUUGUUGGGAAAGUAGAGAAAGAACAACUUUGGAGAAAGAAAGGAAAAUAACUCCCCUAACAAAUGGCAGCGUAAUUGCUUCUAGCUUAGCACAUGCAAUGGCCUAAGUCUACUGUAAUCCAUGUAAUUAGAGCUUAUUCUUGACCAGAUGUGAGACAGGACAGCAAGAAAAAUCCAGUAAAUCACAAUGGAAUACUGCCAUGCAGACCUGCUACUGAUUUUGGGGUAGGUUUUUUUUGUUCAGCUAGGCUAAGAGGGUAUCAUGAAGAUGACUUGGUUAUUUUUUCCCCCAAGAACAGAAUUCCAAAAUCUGAAGUGGAAAAAUAGACCUUGCACCAAAUAACUAAUAAUAGUUUAAUUGUUAUAUUAUGAAAGGCACUUUCUUCAUGGCAGUAGAAAAACUUAAGUUGAUGUAGGUGUGACGUUUCUCACAAAAAGAAUGGGGAACAGCCUAGCAAAAUCAAUUCGUAGGAGUGCAUCCAGUUAAUUGGCAUUGAGGAUCUACCAUACCUUUAAACUAGCCAGCUGGCUACUGCUGGCUGCCGUUUCCUUGCAGCCUGGGCUGUAAAGCAGCUUCCUGGCUGUGAGGAAGUUCAGCUCCUCAUGCCAGGCUUCUGGGACAGCAACGUGAGAGUAGCAGCUUGAGCAUCAGCCUGAGUAGCUGGAACACACACGUGGCCUGUAGCUCCAACCAGACAGAGGAGGUACUGAAUUUGUACUCUUAACUAAAAUCAUAGCCCUGGAUAGGCUCAAAAUACUGUGGUUUUGCACUGCUUCUGCAGGGUAUUCUGAAUACUUCUUAUUAA